AUAUAGAUGAAUUAGCAGAUUCGGUAGUUUUUUUGUUCUGUGAUUUUGGUUUUGUUGGCUUGAUUGUAGAAUGUUGGAGAUAUACUCUGUCUUUGGUGAGUGGAAAAUUAAUGACAAGCUUCAUUGGAGAUUCUUCGUUGAUACAAACAAAGGUGGAUGUCUUUGUGAAGUUUCUGAGAAUAUCACUUACAAGGAUUUAAUGAAGAUUGUUUUUGAAGAUUUCGGACUUGAUGGUCUAGUUAAAGAGAUUUCACUCAGCUAUGAACUUCCAAAGAUGAAAUUAAUUGUAGAAGAUUCUCCUCCUAUCUUCAUUCGCAAUGACCGCCAAGUCUGCACUUUUAUCAGGAAGAUACAAGAAAAUCCUGAGAUAGGACGUUUGUGUGUAUCGGAAUUUGAUCAAUCAUUUGGUAGUGAUAUCUCAGUUUCUAAGCCACUUGGUGAUACAUGUUCAACCGCUGAAAAAGCAAAGAACAAUAAUUCAUUUGCCUUGCCUGCUGAUCGAGAUCCUAUUCUGAUCUCUGCAGGAAGUUCACAUACGACUGCACAUGAAACACACAAGGAACUUAAUCGGUCUAUUGGAAGUGAUGUUUCUACGACACAUAAUGAUAUAGAAAUCUCAACAGCUGAAAAAGGAAUAGGAUCUUUUUUAGAGAAUUUGGUUCCUGCUCCAGAUCUCUCUCCUAUAUCUAUGGUAGGUUCACAUUCAACUCGAGGGGCUGAUGAUAUAUAUGUGGACAGAUAUUUCAAGAACAAGGAAGAGUUGAUGUUCAAGAUGAGAAACUGGGCACUUGAAUGGAGGUUUGAGUUCAGAGUUCGAUGGUCAAACAAAACGAGAGUUAUUUUGGGAUGUGUUGAUGAUAAAUGCAGUUGGCAAUUGCGUGCGACUAGGCUAAAAUCAUCUGAAUUCUUUGUGGUGAAGAAGUAUUGUCAUGAACACAAUUGUGACACAACCCACAGGAAUGCCAACCAUAGACAAGCAACUGCAAAGUUGCUUGGGAGUUUUUACUGCAACAACUAUGGAGAAAAGAAAGUUGGUCUCAAACCAAAACAGAUUAUGGAAUUGGCCAGAAAAGAUCAUGGAGUAUACAUACCAUACAAAAAAGCCUGGAGAGCAAAAGAGGAAGGUCAUAAUUUUGUUAGAGGCACUGCUGAGGACAGUUAUUUACAUCUAGGGAAAUGGUUGUACAUGGCAAGGGAAAAAAAUCCAGGAACAUUUGCUUAUCUUGAGUUGGAUCCUAUGAAGAAUUUCAAAUACGCAUUCAUCUCAUUUGGCCAGUCGAUUAGAGGUUUUUCUUUAAUGAGAAGAGUGAUUGCUGUUGAUGGUACAUUCCUAAAAGGAAAGUAUAAGGGAACUUUGCUAGCAGCUACUGCACAAGAUGGAGAUUAUCACUUAUACCCGAUAGCAUUUGCCAUUGUUGAUUCAGAAAAUGAUAUUGCAUGGAAUUGGUUCUUCAGGUGUUUGCUCACUAUCAUCCCUGAUGCACCAGAUUUGGUAUUUGUUUCUAACCGUGCUUCAUCCAUUGAAAAAGCAAUCUCAUAA